AUGUCUCGCCAAGUCUCGUCUCCGCCAAUCUCUCCUUCCACUCUCAUAGACUCUGAGCAGAACAUAGCCACGAUAUCCCGUCAUGAUAGCAUUAAUUCGGCGCAGGACUUGGAGAUUGCCGAGUUGAGGAGACAGAUCGAAAAGCUUCAAGCGACAGAAACCAGUCUAAUAUGGCAAUGCGAUGAGGCAUCUCGAGAACUGAAAGCUUGUAAGAGUGACCUCGCCAAGGAGAAGCAUGAGGCGCGUACUUUUGCCGGUAAGUUGAGCAAAGAGAGCCGAAACCUUGGCGCCCUCAAUGAGGACAUGGUAACAUUGCGGAAAGAUACUGAACGCCAGGUUUGCGACAUCGAGUCAAAGUUGGAUCAGAAAAGGAAGAAGCGAGCCAAAAUUCAGCAAGACGCCAAUAGGACUAUCACAGAGUUACGCUCCGAACUUGACGCAAAGCAGUCUGUAAUCAAGAAUCUACAAGCUUGCAUUCCCGACAAGAAACGUCACCUUCACGUUGAGCAGGCCAAGAUUGGGGCCACACGAGCUACUGCCUAUCGUCCUACUAGCUCAGUUGCAUGUAAGCCCAGUACUCAUGAUGCAAACCCUUAUCAACCUAGCCCUGUCUCCCACCUCCAGGACACCAUCAAGUACCUCCAGAAGGAGAACGCUCGCCUCCAGAAUAUAUACCAUGAGGAUGGCUGUGAAGAGUACAGGAAUUUCAUCUUCCACCAACUUGAAGAUGCGAAAGGACUGCAGGCUGCCGCCGAGGCAGAAACAGAAGGUCUUCGCCAUCUCGCAAAAGCUAAUGCUGACCUGAUAGAGGAUAAUGUUAAUGAUGUGGAAAGUAUCAAGGCACUGAUACACCAGACGGACAGCUACGGCGCUAAAGUUGAGCAGCUUCAAGGAAAUGCCAAAGAGCCUCUCGCCAAAGAGCACUUCACUUCUGGCAUGAUCAAAGAAGCCGACGCCAAUCAUUACUCAAACCAACCUUUGGGCUUUUCCGCGAUCACAUAUCUUGACACUGUUCCUAUCGCUCCCGAAGACAACGAAGUCGAGAUUGCGGAAUACAUACACCGUUUGCGCGCCGCCGAGCUGGAAAUCGAAGUUCUCAGUUCAGAUCGCAACGUUCCGCCUGAGCGGUGUACUCCGGUUUAUCCAGCAUCAGCUGCGCUCGGGCUCUCAACAGUCUUUUGCUUGGCAUCGGAGCCUGAAUUAGCUUCAUCAAUGAAGCCUUCGCUGAAAUUUUCUGAUCUGCAAACCGUGUCGACAACGCCGCGUAUGUCUGUCCCUACGACCAACCCAUUAAACAACCCUGCCUUGCUAGCUGGGCUUGAGGAUCUCGGUAAGUCGAUCAUGAGUCUCAGCACUGUACCAUCUCUCAACGGAGUGGUCCAAUCUUCCACAAAGCUGCAGGUUACACCCCUCCCCAAUGUCGCCCUGACAAUCAAUAUCCAACCUACCGAUAAGCGCAACUAUUCGUUGCUGCAACGCGUUCAAAGUGCAAUCUCUGCGACAUCGUCUCUCGAUAUCCACGGCCCUAAAGAAUCUGUCAAACAACUUGUAGCUAGCAUGCACGACGUCGAGGCGGAUCAUGCCGAGAAGAGCAAACUUGUUGUAAAGUUGGAAAAGGUCUCCAAGCAGUAUCGUGCAGAUAUAGACGUUCUAGAAGCACAGAUUCAAGAUAAAAGGAAGUGCUUAGAUCCCGAGCAUCGCAUAUUGGCUGAUGAGCUCGAGGCCAAGAACGUGCAAUUCGCUAUGCAGGAGCAGCUUCUGGCCGAUUGGGGCAGACGGACUGGAUGA